AUGUUUCAGUCUCGGUUCCCAGCCGUCCGGCUCCCGGUCCGAUUGCGCCAUCUGGCUCGUGGUCGACCUGUUUUGCUUCAAGACAUUAUUCGACCGCUGUGUCAUUUGCAAGCCCUGCGUCGCCAGGCAAUUGGCGCCGGGGUGAAUCUGCACGCGUGUCGAUUUGUGCAUCAGGAUCACCGCGACGUGGCGCCUCCAGGACGCGGUCGAGCGCCGGACUCCGAGGCUUCCCAGACGGAGAGUCAUGGCGGUGGGUCUGUGUAUCGCCUCGACGAACCCUUCCGAGUCCUCAUCCUCGGCGGCUCCUAUGCCGGUCUCGCAGCAGCCUUGAACCUGGUUGAUCUGUGCCACGGCCGACGACACCGAUUCUCGAUUACCGAUGGCGAUAAUGGCACUGGGAAGAGAAUCCCGGUGCAGGUUACCAUCGUUGAUCCCCGAGAUGGCUACUACCACCUAAUCGGCCAACCCCUCGCCCUCUCCUCACAGGAAUUCGCAGAGUCUUUCUGGAUCAAGUACACCGACAUCCCCGCCCUUCAAACACCAGAGAUCCGAUGCGUACAGGGCAGCGUCGACUCUCUGGAUUGUGCCGCAAAGACAGCCACGAUUGCGACGUCUAGCGGCAGCGUCCAAGAGAAAUACGACUACCUCAUUACAUGCACCGGCCUCCGUCGCGAGUACCCUAGUGCUCCGCGCUCGUUCACGAGGGAGCAGUUCCUGUCCGAGACGGCAGAGAACCUGGCGAAUGUCCGCGAUGCGAAGGAGGGCGUCGCUGUUAUCGGUGGCGGCGCCGUCGGCAUCGAAAUCGCCGCCGAAUGCAAAAUGCUGCACCCCGACACCCCCGUAACCCUAAUCCACUCCCGCACAGCCCUCCUCUCCUCCGAACCCCUCCCAGCCCAAUUCUCAUCAAAGACCCUCGACGUCCUGCGCGAAAGCGGCGUGAACGUGGUCCUCGGCGCGCGCGUAACCUCCAUCUCAGAAAAAGACACCAGCACCAACAACACGCACACCCUCACCCUCUCCAACAAUUCCACCCUCCACGCCAGCCACGUCAUCAACGCCGUCUCCCGCUUCACACCAUCCGCCCCCUCCUUCCUGCACCCCUCCCUCUGCGACGACCAGGGCUACAUCCGCAUCCAACCAACCCUCGAAUUCCCAUCCGACACACCUUGCCUCCCAGCCCCACUAGCAGGAGACCACUACGCAGCCGGGGACAUCGCGCGCUGGUCCGGCGUCAAGCGCGCCGGCGCCGCAAUGCACCAGGGCCACUAUGCGGCGCGCAACAUCCACCAGAAGAUGAUGCAGAGGGUGUACGGGACGACGCCGGAGUUUGUGGCUCUUGACGAGGUGCAGGCUGGGAUGGGGCUGGCGGUGGGGAGGAAGGCGGUUGCGUAUUUUCCGAAUAUGGGGCUCGUGGAGGGGGAGGAGACGCGCGAGAUGUUCUUCCAGGGGGAUCUGGGGUUUGGGAUUUGUUUUCGGUGGAUGCAGCUUGGGACGCUGAUGCCGGGGCCUGUGGAUGUGGAUGAUGGGGCUGUGGGUCAGAGGGGGAGUGGGAGUGGGAGUGGGAGUGGGAGUGGGAGUGGGAAUAAGCUGGUGGAUGUUGCGGCGGCUUCGAGGGCUGUUGAGGCUGUUGCUUGA